AUGGGCAACAUUUGCGGUAAACAGGACCCCGAGGACAGGCUGGGCCCGGGCCGCCCGCUCGGCUCAGCACCGCCCCGGCCGCACAAGGCGUCGGUGCCCCAAGCCAAGACGAAACAGACGUACCAGAGCGAGGCGCGCGUGGUCGGGGGCGGCAGCAGCGGCGGCGCGACACCAGCGUCGCAAGCGGCCAGGGAAAGAUGGAGUACAAUCGAGGAGGACAGGAAGAAGCAAGAGGCGCAGAGGAAGAAGAAGCUGGGCGGUGCGCGCGUGCUGACCGCCAAGGAACGGGAUGAGCAGGAUAGACGCCGCAGCGAGAUUGAAGCGAAUGAUAGGCAGGUCCUGGGCCAGACGGGCUGA